AUGGCAUUCCUUGCUCGCUCAGUCUUCCGCUCCUCGCUGGCCACAGCCACUAGACCUGCCCUCUCCUGCCGCAUCGCCAAUGCCCAACUCUCGCGACCCUUCUCGGCCAAAUCAGCUGGUGAGUUGACCAUCUCAUCUCUUCCAUCCAAACUCGAAGAACUCCACCAACAUCCUCCCUCACACANNGCCCUCGCCAAAAAAUACACCCAAGACCACGAAUGGAUCGACCUCUCCUCUGACAACAAGACCGGCACAAUCGGCAUUUCCACCUACGCCGCCAACGCCCUCGGCGACGUCGUGUUUGUCGAGCUGCCCACCACCGACCUCGAAGUCAGCUCUGGCGACACAAUCGGCAGUGUCGAGUCCGUAAAGAGCGCGUCAGACAUCAUGACACCCGUAUCAGGUGUGAUUGUCGAAGCCAAUGCCGUCUUGGAGGAAAAACCCAGUACCAUCAACAAGAGCCCCGAGGGUGAAGGUUGGAUCGCAAAGAUUGAGAUCAAGGAUCCCAAAGAGGUGGAGGGUUUGAUGAGUGAAGACGAGUACAAGAAGUUUACCGAGGAGAGCGAGGAGUAG